AUGCUCGAUUGGUUCCUCCCACUUGACGCGCUCAAGGGGGUCAAUAAGGCUGCCGCCGGCAAGUCAAUCAAGAUCGUCUAUGAUGCGAUUUCUCUCGAGGUUACCCAGCAGGCGGGCGUGGCCUUGCUCGCCCCGGAAGGCCAGCUGAUCAUCGACCUUCCCCCAGCGGUGAAGGCUGAGGGCGACAAGACAAUCGUGAAGGUGCUCUCUGGACUCAGGAUGCCGCACAACCGAAUGCUCCUAGAGACCUUGUACCACGACAAGAUCACAGCUUUCCUGGAAAGAGGCGUCAUCAAGCCCAACAGAUUUGAAGUUCUACCGAAUGGUCUCGCUGGAAUUCCGGAUAGUUUGAAGAGGAUCAGAUAUCAAGCUUGA